CCGGGGAGGGGGCUGUGGCAAAUCCCGGUGGGACCGGAGACCAUUCCACGUUUGCAGACGCUGCGCAUCCGCCGGACCCACGCACCCGCGCGUCCCCACUCCUCACCCGUCGCCCGAUGGCAUCCGGGACCCGGCUCUGGCGGUCCCUGCCGCCGCCUCUGCUCCUGCUGCUGCUCUGGGUGACCGGGCAGGCGGCGCCCGUGGCGGGCCUGGGCGCCGAUCCUGAGUUGCAGAUCGAGCGGCGCUUCGUGCCCGAGGACUGCCCGCGCGCCGUGCGCAGCGGCGACUUCGUGCGCUACCACUACGUGGGCACCUUCCCCGACGGCCGCAAGUUCGACUCCAGCUAUGACAGAGACUCUACAUUCAACGUGUUCGUGGGGAAAGGACAGCUGAUCACAGGGAUGGACCAGGCUCUCAUUGGGAUGUGUGUAAAUGAGAGGCGAUUCGUGAAGAUUCCCCCAAAGCUAGCCUACGGAAGUGAGGGCGUGUCUGGUGUGAUUCCCCCAAACUCUCUGCUUCAUUUUGAUGUACUUCUGAUAGACAUUUGGAAUGCAGAAGACCAGGUCAAGAUUCACACUUAUUUCAAGCCCCCCACAUGCUCUCGGACGAUCCAGGUGUCAGAUUUUGUUAGGUACCACUAUAACGGGACAUUCUUGGAUGGCACACUGUUUGACUCCAGUCACAAUCGCAUGAGAACCUAUGACACAUAUGUGGGCAUUGGCUGGCUGAUUCCUGGCAUGGAUACGGGGCUGCUGGGCAUGUGUGUGGGGGAAAAGCGAGUCAUCACUAUUCCUCCUUUCCUGGCCUAUGGAGAACAAGGAGAUGGGAAGGACGUCCCUGGACAGGCGUCCCUGGUGUUCGAUGUGGUGCUGCUGGACCUCCACAACCCCAAGGAUGGCAUCACGGUGGAGAACACAGAGGUGCCUGCGGACUGCGUGCGGCGCAGCCGGAGCGGAGAUUUCCUCAGGUACCACUACAACGGCUCCCUGCUUGACGGCACUGCCUUUGACUCCAGCUACUCGAGGAACCGCACCUUCGACACAUACAUUGGGCAGGGCUAUGUGAUUCCUGGGAUGGAUGAAGGCUUGCUGGGCGUCUGCAUUGGGGAGAGGAGAAGGAUCGUGGUCCCCCCUCACCUGGCCUAUGGAGAGGAGGGGAGAGGAAACAUUCCAGGUUCGGCUGUGCUGGUGUUCGAUGUGCAUGUGAUUGACUUCCACAACCCCUCUGACUCCAUCAACAUCACCUCCCACUACAAGCCCCCGGACUGCUCAGUGCGGAGCAAGAAGGGUGACUACCUCAAGUACCACUACAAUGCCUCCCUUCUGGAUGGGACUCUGCUGGACUCCACGUGGAGUUUAGGCAGGACUUACAACAUCGUGCUGGGGUCUGGUCAGGUGGUCCUGGGGAUGGACAUGGGCCUCCGGGAAAUGUGCGUGGGUGAGAAGAGAACUGUGAUCAUCCCACCACACCUGGGCUACGGGGAGGCCGGCGUGGAUGGAGAGGUGCCAGGCAGUGCUGUCUUGGUGUUUGACAUUGAGCUGCUGGAGCUGGUGGCCGGCCUGCCUGAGGGGUACAUGUUUGUGUGGAAUGGGGAGGUGUCCCCCAACCUCUUUGAGGAGAUCGACAAGGAUGGAGAUGGAGAAGUCCUCCUGGAAGAGUUCUCGCAGUAUAUCCACGCCCAGGUGGCCACUGGCAAAGGGAAACUCGCUCCUGGUUUUGAGGCUGAAAUGAUUGUGAAGAAUAUGUUCACCAAUCAGGACCGGAAUGGCGAUGGGAAGGUCACGGCUGAGGAAUUCAAACUCAAAGACCAGGAGGCCAAACACGAUGAACUCUAAAGCUACCAUGAGCCCAGUAGAGCCAGGGAGUGUGUAACCUAAGCCACCACUGUGGCAGAAUGCAGGGAGGGUGAGGGCCUUGGUAGCAGGUAGGCCACACAGACCUGGUGCAAACUUCAAACUGGGGGACACCCGUGAGAACCUUAGCUCAUGGGCAGAUCUGCAGGGGCCUUAGGCAGCUGUGAAAAGCACUAUGAAGGCUUUUCUGGCAGUCUCAGUCUUCUGGGAAAUUUUGUUAUUAAAGGAAAAUAGGAACAGGUAGAAGUUUCAAUUUCUUGGAGGAAACAGAAUGUCUUGUCCAGCUCUCUAUGUAAAGUGCUUAUUUUUUUUUUUUAAACUUCCCCAGUGUCUUAAAAUGUUCUCUCCAUGGACAGAAGAAGCCUGCAUGCCUGUGAGAUUCUUGCCCUGCCUCUGGCUUUUCUGUGUUCUGAAAUCCUCCACCCUGCCCCUGCAGCCCCUGUUCCCCACUCAUUGAGAAUCACAUCCCACCUGAGCAUUCCCUAGCUGGCAGGUUAUCCGGCCUCCUGCAGACAACUCCAUGGACAAACGAGUGGCUGUGAUGCUGCUGUUGCUGUGUGGAGAAUCUGCCUGGCUCUCUCCUCCCUAGAGCCCUCUCCCACCUGGGCUGUGUGGCCACUCAGCAGCCUCACUGGGCUGGGAUGAAGGAGACCUUUUCCUGCUGCUCCUCUGCAUCCUAGAGGAUGGUUUGGGGGCAAUCCGGGUCACUCCACUCUGCCACAGGAAGGCAGUAAUACUGUCUGCUGGUUGCUUUUCCCAUCAUGCAAUGGUCACAUGGCCAUCGUCACAUCACACUGUGCCUUUCUCCUGUCCUUCUGUGGUGUGGCACCACCCCCGGGAGUCAGCCAUUUCCUUUGGAAACUGCCUUUUUACUGAGGCUUUUGUGCACAGAUGUAGCCUUGAGUUGGUUUAUGGAAAUGCUGCUUCCUCUAGUGGAAUAAAUGUUGGAAACCUGA